AAAAAAAGAGCCCAAUAAAUAAAUUUUAAAAUAAAAAGUAUCAAAUCGGGAGAAUUAUAGGUUUCGCGUUCGUCUUCGUUUCGUGGGAAAAAUGAUCCGGUUCAUAUUGCUUCAGAAUCGGCAAGGAAAGACGCGGCUCGCGAAAUACUAUGUUCCCCUUGAGGAAUCAGAGAAGCACAAGGUUGAAUAUGAGGUUCAUCGGCUUGUGGUCAACAGGGAUCCAAAAUUUACCAACUUUGUUGAGUUUCGCACCCACAAAGUUAUAUACAGAAGAUACGCAGGGUUAUUCUUCUCAUUAUGUGUUGAUAUCACUGACAAUGAGUUAGCGUAUCUUGAGUGCAUCCACUUAUUUGUGGAGAUUCUUGAUCAUUUCUUCAGCAAUGUUUGUGAGCUAGAUUUGGUUUUCAAUUUCCACAAGGUAUAUCUGAUAUUGGAUGAGUUCAUUCUUGCCGGUGAGCUGCAAGAAACAAGCAAGAGGGCAAUCAUUGAAAGAAUGGGGGAGUUAGAGAAGCAAGAAUGAUGCUGUGUGAUAUUUGCAGACAUGGUUUUUUUUUUGUCCUUGAAGAACUACCAGUUUGCUGUAAUUGAUUUAAUACUAUUCAACUGCAUCAUUGCAAUUUUUCCAUGUUGUAUCUUUCUUAGUCAUGAGAAUUCAUCUUUCCUCACAAUAAAAAAAAACAUUUGUUCCA